AUGGCGAAGGAAUCAGCACCAGCGAGUCGGCACAAGAUGGCGAGCGGCAACGUGAAGGUGAAGGCCGGGACGCGGCCGCCAUGGGUGGGGCUGGCGGCGGCGGUGUGGGUGCAGAUGGCUGCGGGCAACGCGUACACGUUCCCGCUCUACUCGCCGGCGCUCAAGUCGGUGCUCGGCUACAACCAACGGCAGCUCGCCAUGCUCGGCGUUGCUAACGACAUCGGAGAGAACUUCGGCGUCGUCGCCGGGGUGCUCUGCAACAGCCUUGCGCCCUGGCUCGUGCUGCUUGUCGGCGCGGCGUUCUGCUUCCUCGGCUUCGGCGCGCUCUGGCUCGCCGUCAGUGGGACCGUGCUCGGCAUGCCUUACUGGCUGCUGUGGAUCGCACUGGCGAUCGGGACCAACAGCAACGCAUGGUUCGUGACGGCCGUGCUGGUGACCAACAUGCGCAACUUCCCGCUCCGUCGCGGCGUCGUCGCCGGCCUCCUCAAGGGCUACGUUGGCCUCAGCGCCGCGCUCUUCACCCAGAUCUUCUCCGGAGUGCUCCACCGCUCUCCCACGAGCCUCCUCCUCCUCCUCGCUAUCGGCCUCCCCGUGAUAUGCCUUUCCACCAUGUACUACGUGAGACCGUGCACUCCGGCGCUCGGUGCCGGUGGGGACGAGGAGGACGCCAUGCAGGACGGCCACUUCGCUUUCGCCCAGGUCGCGAGUGUCGUCCUCGGCGCGUACCUCGUCGGGACGACAGUCCUAGGCAGCGUCGUCAAGUUAUCCGACGCCACAAGCUACGCGCUCUUCGGUGUCACCGCGCUGCUGCUUCUUGCGCCCCUCGCUAUUCCGGUGAAGAUGACGCUGUUCAGAAGAGCGAAGCCGCCGCGGACGGACGCCACGGCAAGCGUCGAGACGCCGUCGUCGACCGAGGAGGAGCCGCUGCUGAUUCCAUCCGACGCAGCGCCGGCCGACGAGGACUCCGACAAGGUGGACGUCCUCCUGGCGGAAGGGGAGGGAGCAGUAGUGAAAAGGAAGAGGCGGCCAAGGAGGGGAGAAGAUUUCGAGCUCGCCGAGGCGCUCGUCAAGGCCGACUUUUGGCUGCUGUGGGUUGGCUACUUCAUCGGCGUCGGGACCGGAGUCACCGUGCUGAACAACCUAGCGCAGAUCGGCGCCGCCGCAGGCAUCGCUGACACAACCAUCUUGUUGUCCCUGUUCGGCCUUGGCAACUUCCUCGGUCGGCUCGGCGGAGGCGCAAUCUCAGAGAAGUUUGUGUCAAUGCUGCUGGUACCCCGGCCUAUAUGGAUGGCGCUGACGCAGACCAUCCUCGCCGUCGCCUACCUCUGCUUGGCCUACGCCCUCGGCCCCGGCAUUGUCUACGCCUGCGCCACCAUCAUCGGCAUCUGCUACGGGGCGCAGUUCGCCGUCAUGAUCCCGACGACCUCCGAGCUGUUCGGGCUCAAGAACUUCGGCCUCUUCUACAACCUCAUGUCCCUGGCGAACCCGCUGGGUGCGUUGCUGUUCUCCGAAGAGCUCGCGGGGCGGCUGUACGACGAGGAGGCCGCGAGGCAGCGGCGCCCCGGCCACGCUCCGCACGCGUGCCUCGGGCCGGACUGCUUCAAGGUCGCGUUCGUGGUGCUGGCCGGCGCUUGCGCGCUGGGGACGGCGGUGAGCCUGGUCUUGGCGGCGAGGAUACGGCCGGUGUACCGCAACCUGUACUCCGGCGGGUCGUUCAGGCUACCCAACAGUUCCCAGCAGCAUUGA